AUGGCGAUACUUACUUCCGAACAUCAGCAUAACACGCAUCCUCUGCUUGUCAAAAUCAUGAAACUUCUCUCAGUCCCACCUGACCCAGACCUCUAUCAACGCCUGUCAGAUGAUAGAGUGGGCCUUCAUAAGCUGAUCCGCCUGGAGGAGGAGUUUGGAGAAGACGAUGCAGGGAAGGCGGCGUUGUGGCCCAAUCUGAAGGAGGUUAAGCUGCACAAAAAUCACCUUACAUUGCUAGCACGAGGACUAAGGCAGGAGCAGCUGACUUUGGAAUAUCGCCUAUUACAUGCUAUGAUUGCUGAAGGGAGCAAGGAAUAUCACAGCAACGAGUGGUCGAGGUCUGAAAACCUUGAGAAUCAAGUACGAUCCACUCACACAACUGUGCUGCCUGUCAAUGGCCGUUCCUCCAGGAACUGGCGUGUAGAUGAAGCUUUUUCCGUCGGACCCAAGAGCACUAUUGACGAACUGCAAACGAUUCCGUCGAAUUUCAUACGAGAGGCACGAGCAUGCAGCUGGCAACAGAGCCGCAGAUUGAGAGGUAUCCUGAUGAGACUCGUUGGUCAUCGAGACGAAGUCUUGGCUUGGGAGACUGCAGAAGUCGCUCAUGAUAUCCUAGCUCCCCGUGCCGCUCUCGAAUUCCCGCGCACACUGGAGAAUCAAUUUACACCACCUAGCAUUGAAGAAUUGACGACAGACAGUCACAUAGACACCUCUACCAAGUCCAUCGAAGACAACUCCAAGAUGGCGAAAGAGGUCAAAGCACGCUCCAACGUCAUCCAAGGUCUCGACAAGGGUCAUCCAACCACCGCCCUCGAACGCAAACUCCGCAUCUCGCGAACCAAAGGCCACCUCUCGAAACGCACCGCCUUCGUGCGUGAAAUCGUCAAAGAAGUCGCUGGCCUGGCACCCUACGAGAGACGAGUGAUCGAACUGUUGAGGAACGGCAAGGAUAAGCGGGCGAGGAAGUUGGCCAAGAAGAGACUCGGGACAUUUGGACGGGCGAAGCGAAAGGUCGAUGAGUUGCAAGGGGUCAUUGCCGAGUCGAGGAGGACGGGUGGACACUAG